AUGGCAAUUUCUUAUCAUAUCUCGACGGUAUAUUCCUCUCGGUUAUCAGUGAAGGAAGUUAACUCCGAUUCAAAGGACUGGCUCCUUUCAUCAGACGAUGUUAGUUAUCGACAUCUGACCACAUUAUUCCCCUUCCCCCAUUCGCCAUCAUUAGUCUUCGAUUUCUACUUAUAUAUAUAUAUAUACAUGCCGCAUCUGCAACCGCACUCGCACAGACACACACAUACACACGGACACGAACACAGAUCACACACAGACACUGAUAGGAGUGUAUACAUACAUAUCCAGACGAGACGAUUAGAAAAACAUUAUGUUGUGAGAGAAGUAUUGAUCAUAAACUUUCAUUAA